GGAGUCGAGUGUAAUCGGUUGCGUUACGUCAGGUCAGGCUACUGUGAGUGCAUGAAAGCAAAAAAAAACGGGAAAGAUCUUACCCUAAUCGCAUGGUGAAACAACUGCAGAAGUGAGCUAGUUUUAGUUUUGUUUUUAGUUUUGGUGUGCAACUUACUAAAGUACAGAAAAGUUCGAUAAAGAGCGAGUCAAGUUGCAAGGAUGGAACUGGUGACAUUUGUUCUUGUUUGCCUGAUGGCGGUCAGUGCUAAUGGAGAGGUAGAAAGUAAGAGUAAACCCGGUCGAGGACGAGGAUCCAUGUGGUGGGGGAUCGCCAAAGCGGGUGAGCCGAACAACAUUUCACCCCUGGCCAACGGGAUGAUCUACAUGGAUCCGGCGAUUCACGCUACACUGAGGAGGAAACAGCGACGGCUGGCUCGGGAGAACCCCGGCGUGCUGGCUGCGAUUGCCAAAGGAGCCAAUAUGGCGAUCAACGAGUGUCAGCAUCAGUUCCGCAACCGGAGGUGGAACUGUUCAACGAGAAACUUCCUGCGUGGCAAGAAUCUGUUCGGAAAGAUCGUGGAACGAGGAUGUAGAGAGACGGCCUUCAUUUACGCGAUCACCAGUGCAGCGGUGACGCACAGCAUCGCCAGGGCUUGCAGUGAGGGUUCGAUCGAGUCAUGCACUUGUGACUACUCGCACCAAAGCAGGGCCCCGCAGGCUAACAGCAUGGGAGCGGUGGCGGGCGUGCGGGAUUGGGAGUGGGGUGGCUGCAGUGACAACAUCGGAUUCGGGUUCAAAUUCUCGCGGGAAUUCGUGGACACUGGAGAGCGUGGCCGAACGCUACGUGAGAAGAUGAACCUUCACAACAACGAAGCCGGACGAGCGCACGUUCAAUCGGAGAUGCGGCAGGAAUGCAAGUGCCACGGGAUGUCCGGCUCGUGCACCGUCAAAACUUGCUGGAUGCGAUUGCCGAGCUUCCGAGUCGUGGGCGAUCUACUUAAGGAUCGAUUUGAUGGCGCCUCGCGGGUUAUGGUUUCCAACAGCCUGCGAUCGACGGUGAACGAGGCUACCAUUUCGAACCGAGCGAACCCGAACGGGCUGAAAAAUCCCAACCAGGUCGGUUCCAGCCCGAACAGUGUUUCGAGUAAUUCAAUCCACGCGAGAAGUCAUCAGCAGAAGAAAAUCAAUCGAUACAACUUCCAGCUGAAACCUCACAAUCCGGAUCACAAACCACCCGGUGCGAAGGAUCUGGUAUAUCUCGAAACGUCGCCUGGAUUUUGCGAGCGAAAUCCGCGUCUAGGCAUUCAGGGAACGCACGGUCGUCAGUGCAACGAUACGUCAAUAGGCGUUGACGGAUGCGAUCUGAUGUGCUGCGGUCGGGGCUACCGAACCCAGGAGGUCAUCGUGGUGGAACGGUGUGCCUGUACCUUCCACUGGUGCUGCGAGGUAAAGUGUAAGCUUUGUCGGACCAAGAAGAUUAUUCACACAUGUCUGUGAGGAGAUAGCAGGGUAGCAACCACAGUCGAGUCAUGAAGAAAACGUUCGCUUAUGCUUUUUUCCAUGCGUUUUCUCCGUCAUCAUCAUCGUCGUCGUCGUCGUCGUCGUUGGAUCGUGUUUGCUUUUUUGCGUUGAUCUCUGAAUCAUAAUCCUGCUGUGGAGUUUGAGCUAAA